AUGGAGUGUGGGAAAACCUUUGUAACAACUUCACACCUUAAAACACAUAGAAAAAUCCACAGUGGAGAGAGGCCCUAUGAAUGUAAAGAAUGUGGAAAAGCCUUUAGAACAACUGCACAUCUUACAGAACAUACACUAAUCCACAGUGGAGAGAAGCCUUAUGAAUGUAAGGAGUGUGGAAAAGCCUUUAGCAGAACCUCACACCUUAAAACACAUAGAAUAAUCCACAGUGAAGAGAGGCCCUAUGACUAUGAUCCCAUGCGGGAGUCCAGCUCUCGCAGGGACGGGGGUCUGGAAGGAGACAUGGAAUUGGAGAAAGUGGAA